UACUGUUUAAAUGCCUUCUCUCUCCAUUUUGUUUUUCUCUCAUUAACUAACGUUAUCUACUUCCCAAAACCCUCAGACUUGUUUUUCUUCUUCGAAAGGAAGUAUAAUCAGAAUGGACUUGCUCAAUCCGUCAAGAGGUUAUGAUCACGAUCAGAAGCUUCACAAGGCUUUUUCAAUGGAUGUUGGAAAGCCAUUGAUGCUCAAAGAUUACCUCCUUCAAGAUCUCACCUCCUGUUCGUCCAACGGUUUCAAUUCCUUCCCUCGCCGACAAUGCUGUACGACCGUCCGAUUUCUCCUCGAUAUUGACCUCAGGAAAACCAACACCGCUAACCGGUUUCUGACCAGAAGCCGCUCAAGAGCGGUGGCUUCCACCACCAUUUCCGCUUUCCGUAGAGCGUCGGAGGCCGUAAUUAAAGCCAUCAAGUCAACUUCGCCGUCUCCGUCGGUACGGGACAGAGUUAAGAAAGUUCUUCUCCCAAGAAGCUUGUCGCGGAAGCUGUUGAAAGGAAGGUUCUGGAAGAAAGCAGACGGCGGCAUAAAAAAAUGGAGAUUAUUCCGCGAAUUGUCCCGAAAAUCACAACAAACGUUCGAUCAGAAUGCGCAUCAGUUCGCCACAACCACCACAACAAUAAUUACAACGAUCGGAGUCUCAACAAGUAACAGCUGCAGAGAGUACGAGAGUGAAAUUUUCACUUGGGAUACUCUACUGUCAUCGAGCAGUAACUCUGGUAGUCCGAACCAAAACGACACCGUGGAAGGUAAGAAAGAAUUAACGGAGAAGAAACUGAUCGGCGAGGAUUCCACCAGCAAAAACUCUAACAGAAAGCAGGAGUGGCCGAAUGAGGAAAAGGAACAGUCCAGCCCGGUGUCUGUGCUCGAUAGCCCAUUUGAAGAUGUGGAAGAGUUUAACUCUCCUCAAUCCCGAUAUUGCAGACCCGCGCUCGUCAAAGGAACCAGACAAAAGCUAAUACAAAAGACCCGAUAUUUUGAGGGACUCACUCAUGAAGUAGAACCAGUUGACCUAGAGAAGCGAAUUGCUUCUUUAGAGCUUAACGAUGAACAUUCCACGAAGCCAACUUCCUCAUUCAUGUCAAUGAACCAAACUUAUGAACAUGUCAAUGAUAAUGAAAGAGAAGCAUAUCACUUACUCAACUUAAUCAAAGCUAGAAACCCCUUAAAUAGCUUUUUACCCAAAGAAGAUAGUUUAUUACUGGACUUAGUUGGAGAGAGACUACUGAAAGAAAAUCAUGCUAUACUUGGUAAAAGAAAAGAAUUAUUCAAGGAAGAGUUGUUGAAGACAGCAGAAGAUUGGAUUAAGGGGCAACCAAGAGAGUUAUUUCUGGGUUGGGACAUGAAGGCUAACAGAGGUGCUUAUUUUAGAGAUGUAGAGAAAAAUGGGAGUUGGAGAAAUUUUGAUGAUGAGAUAGAAAAUAUGGCACAAGAAUUGGAGCUUGAUUUUCUCACAUCUUUGGUGGACGAAUUAUUGCUUGAUUUAUUGUAGGACUUAGGAGCAAUAUUAAUGUAUUAAAAUGCUUUAUUUAUAUCUUCUCAAGGUUGUUUUCCACACUUGGAAUCCAACAAGGGGAUCAACUAAAUAACCAAAACCACCUUGAGCAAGCGUCAGGGAAUUGGUAUUUCAA